AUGGUACGACUCACGAUGACGCCUUCCAUUGUGGAAGGCUUGCAGAAGCUGGCUGAAGUCAGGCCGAAGGUGGAAGAGACGGAAACCCACGAUGCAGAAGCGGAGGAAUCACCAGAGUCGACUUCCACACCAGCAGCAAAGGCGGAAGCCGAGCCGAGCCUCGACGAUCCUACAAUUGGGAACCCCAUCGCCCAUGGCCAGAUUAUCGAUCUGUGGCGGAGUCUGAAGACUGAGAGCAUCGCCGGCUUCUCUCUGGAAGGACUGUUACGAGGCGCGCAGGUGUACAUCCCACCACCGCCUCCCAAGCCCGAGCCAUCCGACGAAUACAAAGCCCUCAUGGCACGACUUCGACGCGAGGAAGAAGAGCGAACAUACCAACGCAUGCUGAAGCAGCCCUCCCGAAUGGAGGCAUUCUCCCAGCAGUUCCCCAACGCAUCCGCCCGAACACACAUGUUCGCCGAGGUGAACCGGCCAAUGCAUGAGUCGGACAACGGCGACGACGAGGUCACACUCGGCGAUGUGCAGAAGCAGCUCAUGGUUAUCCUUAACUUCCUCCUGAGCGUUAUCGGCGUCGGUGCGACCAUCUGGAUAGCGGCGCGCUGGUGGAGUCUUACAUCGCGAAUCUUCCUGACCAUGGGCGGUUCCAUCCUGGUCUUGAUCGCAGAAGUUGCCGUCUACUCCGGAUACGUGUGGAGGUUCACAGAGGCCAAGACGAAGCGCAGAGAGCCAAAGGAGAUCAGAGAAGUGAUGCAGACGUGGGUGGUGGGGAAGGAGGAAGAGGAUAAGGAGGGCGAGAAAGAUGCGUGCAUUCAAAGUACGGUUACGGAUGGCUUCUCCAUCUACUGCGGCGGACCGACGCCGGAUGCACACGGCAAAGAUGUGAGAGUAAUUGGCCCCGCUCCAGCUCUUUGA